GCGGCCUUCGAGAAAACCGUCGCUCGACGACAUCACGAGCCAGGAGUAGUAGACUUUACUCUGCCUCACCCCCGACUCAGGUCCCCCACGCGACCCCACGGAAGCCGUCUCUACAACGAAGGCGAAGGUCAGGAACUUCGCCAAGCCUGAGCCCGCUCUCAGGUGGCCGGGCAAGCACGAGCACGCGAGUGCUUGAGAGGACAGUGUCCUUGGACACAGCCGCCACCGCUGACCUCGCCUCCCAAUCUACAGCCAGCAGACAGAUUUCGCAGAGAUUAUGCAUCUUCCCCUGCUUCCCGAGACUUCCACUUGCCGUCCACUCAGCAUGGCGGCUUGAUGAGCGGUUGUGGCCACAGCCUUUCGAUCGCGACUCACGGCGGCGUUAAGAGGCAGCAGCGCCGCGUCUCUCGCCGGCGUCUUGCUCGGCCUCAAGCACACCAUGCCACCGGAGCAGAGAGCCAGCGACCGGCCCUGUUAUUAUACCAUGAGGACCCCGGGGCCGGUCCCAGCAGUUAGUCCUCAGGGGCUCGCUGCUCAUUCGCGCUCGAGCCCUCAGACAUACGUUCACAGCAGCAAGGCAACUACUUCUCCCGUCGCCUCGCCGCGACUGCCGCACCCGGCCAAGCUGUCCCCGGGAGCCUCUCGCGGUGCCGCUCAUGAUCCUCAGAUGCCGAGUCCCAACUACUUCGGGCUUGACAUCGAACCUACGACUGACCCGCGCGAUUCGUGCCAGCUACCGCGCGAGAAUUGGAGCCCGCCAACCUCCUCAGUCAAAUCGUUUGCCGCAGUCCUAUCGAAGCAGCUGCCUCUGGAUGCGAACCCGGAAUUUGAAGCCUUCCGGCGGCAGGCAGAUGUAAACCGCGCGAGAGCGGCUUUUAGUCUAUCAACCUCGCACUUCGGCGGCGCAGCUGGUGGUGUUCACGCUACGUCCGCGUCGACGGCGUCUGCUGCUCCGCAGCGCCCCCGGCCUCCGAAGUGGCACACCCACGGGGGCGAUGGGUCCGACUUUCCGUCCCCUCGCCCGCCGCCCCUUGCUCCUCUUGCUCCCGGGUCGUCCGGCCUACAGGACGUUGCCGACAGCAGGGCUGUCCGGGACGCAGACCGGUUGUUACAGGAGGACUCCGCGUAUAUCUCCGCGGAUUCCAAGCGCAGCUCAACCGUGUCGCUGAACCCACCUUCAAUCUUGAGUAUGCCCAGGCAAGACGUCGCCCCGCGAAACUCGCCGUCGCCCUUCCCGCCCCCGGACCGUGAGGGAGCGGAUUCUGCGGCAGCGAGGGUGGCUGGCCGCCCAUGUCCGCCGAGUCGCAGUGGGAGCAAUUCGCCGUCCCCCAUCUCGCCGCAGCAGCCUCUGGCUGCCGCCGCUCCUCAAUCACCCGGGGCAGCCGGCCCCUCCAUGAUAUCCCCGGCGGGCUUGAGAGAGCUCCUCGAGGGGGAUCAGGGUGCAAACGUCUUGCUCCUGGACCUCCGAGUCUCACCACAGUACAUGCAGGCGAGGAUCCGAGGCGCACUGAACCUCUGCAUCCCGACGACCUUGCUGAAGAGGCCAGCUUUCAAUCUGCAGAAGCUGCAGCAAACCUUCCAGUUGGAUCUGGACCAGGAAAAGUUCGCCAACUGGCGAAAUGCGACCCACAUUGUGGUGUAUGGCGCUUCGUCCGCCGACCAGCGAGAUGCCGUCUCGGCCCACAACAUGAUCAAGAAGUUCACCAACGAGGGCUACUCGGGCCCGGCCAGCAUAUUGCACGGAGGCUUUGACGCAUUCGCCGCAUCGUACCCGAGCUUGGUCGACUCUUCCUCUUCUGGGCCGUCGCCGGCCCUGUCGCUCGGGGCUCGCUCCGUGUCUAGUGGUCUGCGGCCUGAUCUCCCUCCGGUGUUCGGGGGAGUUCUGCUGCCGAGCGCAAACGACAACCCCAGCCCGUUCUACAACAACAUCCGGCAGAACCAGGACCUGGUUGACGGUGUUGGUCAGAUGGCUAUCGGCGUACCGCCAGGGCUCGCCCGGGACAGCCUCCCGCGUUGGCUCAGAGAAGCAGUCGAAGCCGGUGACCAAGGCAAGAAGGUCUCGGAUAGGUUCCUGCGCAUCGAACUCGCAGAGCAGUCGCGCAUGAGGGAGGCCUAUUCUGUCGGCAGCUCGACCUUGGCCGGCAAGACUGCCGAGGAAGCGACAGCCAGGGUCCAGCUGUCAGGCAUCGAAAAGGGAGGGAAGAACAGGUACAAGGACAUCCUGCCCUUUGAACACGCAAGAGUAAGGCUUCUCGGCCGCCCGGAAGGCGCCUGUGACUACGUCAAUGCUAGUCAUGUCCGAUCCCGUCGUACAAACAAGCGGUACAUUGCGAGCCAGGGUCCGCUGCCGGCUACCUUUGAGGACUUCUGGUCGGUGGUUUGGGACAACGACGUGCGGAUCAUUGUCAUGUUGACGGCCGAGUCUGAAGGUGGCCAGCUGAAGUGCCAUCCAUACUGGAAAGGCGGGGACUUUGGCCCCUUAAAGCUGCGCGUCUUGUCCGAGAAGAAGGUCUCGCUGGACAUGGACAGGCGCCCGUCGCCCCCGAGCACGGCGGCCGAUGGGCCGAUGAGCAGCUUGGCGCAGACCUCGGCGACAGAUCCCUUCCUGCACGAAGCCCCGCGUCGGCGUGCGAAUACGGCGACCAUGCUCGGCUCGGGCGCAUCCAUGCCUAAUCCGUUCAAUUUCGCCUCACAGGUGACCGGGGCCCCCGACCCGCCCUUUGCCAUCAUUCGGAAGUUCGCGCUGAGCCACGCGGCGCACCCGUUUUCGCCCAUACGCGAGAUCACACAGCUUCACUACCCGUCGUGGCCCGAUUUCGGUGCCCCUGCGCAGCCCAGCCACCUCCUGGCCCUCGUCGAGCUCGCAAACGUCAUGCAGCGCGCCGCGCUCCCGGUCGUCGAGCCGGGAUCCCUCCAUUUGGCUUCUACCUCGUGCCAUAACAGCGGUCCCUCCGGCGACGGUACGGGCAGCCUCUCUACGCGUCGACAAGGCGUCCAUAGUAGCAGCAGCUCCCCUGGACAGAAGAGGGCGGAUGGCAGCAGCGUGCUCCCGAGUUGGAUUGAUGGACCGGAGCAGAGCGAACAUGCCCGGCCGAUGCUGGUGCAUUGCUCCGCCGGUUGUGGCCGAACGGGCGCCUUCUGCACGGUCGACAGCGUCAUCGACAUGCUCAAGCGUCAGAGGCAGCACCUGUUGAGCCGUUCCCGCAAUGGCAGUGCCGGUUCGGCGACGGGGGAGAACUCCUCGGACUGCAAAGGGAACGGAGACGUCGUCAUGGGUGACGAGGGAACAGCCGCUGUCGGCGGCGCUGGGGUGGCCCGGCAUCGUGACGGCGGGAACCCGUGCGAAGCCAAUCUGAAUCCAGACAUUGACACGAGCUGGUUGGAUAACGACGACAUCGAUCUGAUUGCGCAGACCGUGGAGGAGUUCCGCAGCCAGAGAUUGAGCAUGGUCCAGAGCUUGCGGCAGUUUGUGCUCUGCUACGAGACUGUGCUUGAGUGGAUUCGGCGGCUCCAGGAGUCCGGCGCUGCAGGCAUCGACAUGCGAGGAAGAACGAGGAGCGGGAGUUUAGCCCUUUGAGGCAGCAUCCUGGUGUA